CGGAUCACUCCGAAAGUGUAACCGAGUGUUUUGUUCGAAAAUAAGUUGGAUGUGGCUGAUUUACACGUUGAUUUGCAUGCUCUGGGUCAUGCAGCUGUAAAGACAUCUGGACCAAGAGGAGUCACCUGACAGGGAUGCUCACGCAAUGGAAAUAAUUGACGAAAAGAAAAUGACCACAAAAGGUUUGGGUGAUGUCUGGACUGGGUGUGUUUUCCUCUUCCUGGAGUCUACCUCUCCUAAGGUCAGCUUGCCUGCUGUCUACAAGGAUCCGCAAAAGAAGUUUGGCCUUUUCAAAGUCAUCAAGCUGACGUUGUCAGACACAGCAGGUGGCCUGCAGGGCUACGAGAUCCUCAAGCUGCAUGACGCUGACCCCUAUCUGGGUGUGGAGAUUAAGUUUGUGGACUGUGAUGUGUGCCGAAGGUUCCUGGAGAGCUACGCUGCUGGUGCUGUCAGCCAAUUCUUCACACAGCACGCUCUCCGGGUCCUCUCAGGCUCAGAGGACUUCACAGUAGACACUCAGCUUAAGGCUGGCACUGAGGUGUUGGAUCAGUGCCUGACUAACCAGGAGCUCUGCCUAGAUCACAUCCACUCCUUACAGCCUGUCCGCCUGCGGGAUGAUGAAGUGACCCAGCUGGAACGGCAACUUCAAAAUUUGACUCUGUGUGAUCCCUGCAACAGUCAACCAUCCAGGCUGGAUCCUUGCAACAGUCAACCAACCAGGAAGGAAACGCCCAUCGUGCCUAGUAACUGCUUCCUGUUUCAGAAAAAGUUGUUUGAUGACCGCCAGUUAACACCGGCUGAUCAUCAGCGCUUUGCUACCAGCAUCGGACGGGACUGGAAAAAGGUAGGCCGUGCUCUGCAGAAGACGUGCCGUGCACUGAAGGGGCCUGCCAUUGACAACCUGGCGUUCGAGUACGAGCGGGAGGGUCUGUACGAACAGGCCUAUCAGCUGCUGAGCCGUUUCAUCCAAGCUGAGGGCAGGAACGCUCGGCUGAGUCGGCUUGUCAAGGCCCUGGAGGAGACCAAACUGAUAGGUGUUGCAGAAAUCAUGUUGGAUCUCCAGCCCAAAGAGUGAUUAUUCAUAUUUCGAAUCUACUUUGUAUGUAUGUGAGUGAUCGUGUGUAUGUCCAUCUGUCCUGUCUAUUAUAAUGCACUCAAGAGGUUUUUACCAAGAGUUCUCAUUUACUUUUUUGUUGACUUCAUACUUUCUGUUCCUGUUUUUCUUGUCAUGUUAUUUCCUCAUUAAAUUACCUUUUGAUACAUUACAUUCAUGUUUUCUUUUGGUUACAAAUAUUUAAUUUAUAUGUAGCUGUACAUAUUAACAGUUGCCACUGCACUUGAGCUUAAUGAAGCAAAUUUUGUUUGUUUUAUAAGUAAAAAAUCACAUUGAUUGGUAGUUUUCAGUGUUGUGUGUUGUAGGUGUGUGUUAAACCAGAAAGUAGAGUACUGGUUAUUUUUAAAGGCAUUAAAAAAACAAUGGUCCCA